AUGCAUCCUCUUCUUCACACGGCGGACAAUAUCGCUUGCGAGGACCUCAUGGUCGCAUUGGACGAGUGCCAUGCAAAGGGCUUUCUCUGGAAGUCAAUGGGCAUGUGCAACGACGCGAAGGAAGCCCUGAACCAAUGCUUGAGGGCAGAGAGAGCCAAGCGAGUGGGCGCGAACCGGACUGGCGCUGAGAACAAGAACGCAAAGAUCCGGGCUAUGUGGAAGGAGAUCGACGAGAACUCCUGA